UUUCAUUGAAAAUUGCGGCAAAUUUUCUGAAACUUAAACAAAGAAAAUUUCGAAAUCGAUUUGGAUUUGAUUUUUAAUUCGAAAAUUUAAAUUGUGUUGGUGACGAAUUUGUUAGUGGAAAUCUUUUUUUCGAUUUUCUUUUGCAUCAAAUUAUCCAUGUUUGGGUCUAAAUGAACUCUGACGAAAAUCUCUGAGGUGUUAAUUGCUGUUUGUUGAUUGUUAAUCAUAAAAGUAAAAUGUCGGUUGUCAAUGGUGAUUGUUACCUUUUCAAUCCAAUCGAAAUUGAAGAUUUGGACUGGACCAAUGUCCAAAUUGAUUGCAAGGACAAACUGGACUCGAAUUCAUUGAUUAUUCGACCUCUUAAAAUUGAUGAUUAUGGUCGAGGUCACAUUAAAUUGUUGUCACAAUUAACUGUUGUUGGUGAUGUUUCUCAACAGGAAUAUGAAGAUCGAUUCAAAUUGAUGAAAGAAACCAAACUAAUUAAAACUGUGGUAAUAGAAGACACUAAUUCCAAUCUAAUUGCUGGCACAGCGACACUUUUAUGUGAACCCAAAUUCAUUCAUUCCUGUAGUUGGACUGGUCAUGUACAAGAUGUUUGCGUUGACAAUUCGUACAGGGGAAUAGGAUUGGGAAAAUUAAUUGUUAAUUGUCUCAAAUUGUUAGCUCAGAAAUUAGGAGCUUACAAAGUGGAUUUAGAUUGUGCCGAUGAGAAGAUCCGAUUUUACAACGGACUUGGAUUCAAGCAAGAGAGUGGCCGAGCUAAUUACCUGGCCCUACGUUUUCCAAAUUAAACAAAAUCAAUUCCAUUGCCAUUUAAUUGUUCACUUUAUUUAAAUAAAUCAAACAAAA